CAUCAGAGAAGUCACACAGGUGAGAAGCCAUUUCCAUGUUCUGAGUGUGGGAAAUGUUUUGCACACAAAUCAGUUCUUGUUAGACAUAACAGAAGUCACACAGGUGAGAAGCCAUUUUCUUGCUCUGAGUGUGGGAAAUGUUUUACACAGAAAUCAAGUCUUGUUGAACAUCACGUAAGUCACACAGGUGAGAAGUCAUUUCCAUGUUCUGAGUGUGGAAAAUGUUUUGCACUUAAAUCACAUCUUGUUAGACAUCAGAGAAAUCACACAGGUGAGAAGCCAUUUUCUUGCUCUGAGUGCGGGAAAUGUUUUACACAGAAAUCACAACUUGUUAUCCAUCAGCAAAGUCACACAGGUGAGAAGCCAUUUCCAUGUUCUGAGUGUGGGAAAUGUUUUGCACACAAAUCAGUUCUUGUUAGACAUCAGCGAAGUCACACAGGUGAGAAGCCAUUUUCUUGCUCUGAGUGUGGGAAAUGUUUUUUAUCUAAAUCACAACUUGUUAAACAUCAGAGAAGUCACACAGGUGAGAAGCCAUAUUCCUGUUCUGAGUGUGGGAAAUGUUUUGCACAGAAAUCACAUCUUAUUAGACAUCAGAGAAGUCACACAGGUGAGAAGCCGUAUUCCUGUUCUCAGUGUAUGAAAUGUUGUGCACGGAAAUCAAAUCUUGUUACACAUCAGAAAAGUCACACAGGUGAGAAGCCGUUUUCCUGUUCUGAGUGUGGGAAAUGUUUUACAUCGAAAUCAUAUCUUGUUACACAUCAGAGAAGUCACACAGGUGAGAAGCCGUAUUCCUGUUCUGAGUGUGGGAAAUGUUUUACAUCGAAAUCAUAUCUUGUUACACAUCAGAGAAGUCACACAGGUGAGAAGCCGCAUUCCUGUUCUGAGUGUGGGAAAUGUUUUGCACGGAAAUCCGUUCUUGUUAAACAUCAGCGU